AUGCCCCGAGGUCAAAUCAUGACUGGGCAGGAUUGGGAGCCGCAGGUGUUUAACUUUCAGAACAGGAACACAGGGAAUAAAAAACCUGGGCGUGUAAACGAGGCUGAGGCGAACCGUCUUCUGCAGCGUGGCGGGAAUGUGGAUGUGAUGAAGAAGGAGCACUAUCAUGCCAACACACAGAAGGCUGGGCCUGGCGCCAACGCGAAGCGCUUGGACGAGGAUAACGAAACUCUAAAGGUGAAGCGUAUUGACAACAACCUGCGUGCUUCAAUUCAAAGGGCCCGUCAGGCAAAGGGGUGGACACAACAAGAUUUGGCACAGCGCAUCGCAGAGCGUGUAGGCGUAGUGACGGAGUAUGAAAACGGUAAGGCUGUGCCGGAGGAGCGUGUACUGGUGAAGAUGGAGAGGGCAUUUGGUAUCCACCUGCGUGGCGUGAAGGCGGGCCAGCCAUUUGGUAGCGCUCAGCCAGCGGCAAAGAAAGUGGCGUGA